GUGUGCACAGGGUGUUUCCGGAGGUCCUGCAUGACGGCGCAGCGGCAGCAGCUUCAUCAGAUAGUCAACAAGUGGCGCGCGAGAGGCUGGACUCCGGCCGCGAGUGUCGCUCAUUUUGCUGUCGGGUGUUUUCGUUGCUUUGCGUUAUUUUGUAUUUGCCGGCUGUUUUAAAGUGGCAUGAGAGUUUGGAGAUUUUUUAUGGCUAAUGUCACAACAAGAGGACUUCACUUUCAAAAGACAAACUUUACAAUACCUGAAACUUGACGUCGACUACAGGAGCUAGUCCACCUGCAUCCGCCAUGAAGCGACAGAGGAUUAGUUUGUUAGAAUAUUUAAAUCGUAGGAUAUAAUUAUUUACUGCGGACACGGCUGCGUUUUGUUUUGUUCGUAAGACUUUGUUGAUCCUCUGAGCUGAGUCAGUGAUCAUGGCUGGUGGUGGAGGAUCUGCUGAUCUGGCUCCAACAGUGGCUGUCAAGGUCUUUGCAGCCGGAACAGCUGGCUGUGUGGCCGACCUGGUCACGUUUCCCCUGGACACAGCCAAAGUCAGACUGCAGAUUCAAGGUGAAUCCCAGCCCUCAUUGAAAGGCCAAAGGAUGAAAUACAGAGGUGUGUUCGGCACCAUCUUCACCAUGGUGAAGACUGAGGGCCCCAGGAGUCUGUACAGUGGACUGGUGGCAGGGCUGCAGAGACAGAUGAGCUUCGCCUCGGUCCGCAUCGGCCUGUAUGACACCAUGAAGCAGUUCUACACCAGAGGCUCUGAAAAUGCAGGAAUUGGGGCGAAGCUGAUGGCGGGCUGCACCACGGGGGGGAUGGCGGUGGCCUUCGCGCAACCCACUGAUGUGGUGAAAAUCAGGUUCCAAGCUCAGGGCUGCCUGCCUGAGAGCGGCUCUGUGAAGAGAUACAGCAGCACGUUUGAUGCCUACAAGACCAUCGCCAGGGAGGAGGGCGUUAGAGGGCUCUGGAAAGGUUGUUUGCCAAAUAUAACUCGUAAUGCCAUCGUAAACUGCUCCGAGCUGGUUACAUAUGAUAUCAUCAAAGAGCUCAUCCUGAAGUACAACCUGAUGACGGACAACAUGCCGUGUCACUUCGUAGCAGGCUUCGCAGCAGGUUUCUGCACUACCAUUGUAGCGUCUCCGGUGGAUGUGGUGAAAACACGCUUCAUGAAUUCAGCGCCUGGGAAGUACAGCGGCGCUAUUAACUGUGCCUUAACCAUGCUGAUGAAAGAGGGACCCACGGCUUUCUAUAAGGGAUUUAUGCCCUCGUUUCUUCGUCUGGGUUCCUGGAACAUUGUGAUGUUUGUGAGCUACGAGCAGCUUAAGAGAGGUGUGAUCAGAUUACAACAGUCCUUGGAGUCUCCACUCUGACGGUCUGAGAGCUGGUUUGGUGCUGGAUUGGUGUUCUUUGUGUGGCAAAGCCUGGACUCGAGACAAUAAGGGUUAUGGAUGCUGAUCGGACCUGCUCUGUCUCAAGGAUUAAACUGAACCCGCAUGUUCUUAAAGAAGCCACAUUAAAAAAAUAUAUGCAGUGAUUAUUAAUGUUGAAUUGCGCACAAUAUUUAAUUAGUUAUUUUUUAGCCAUGUUUCUAAUAAUGUUUACAGAGAAAAAGGUCUAUUUACAGAAUAAGUCUGGUGUGGACGGGGACGCAGGGUUUCCCCCUGUCGGAGUUACAGUGCUUUCUAUUAACACUUUUUUAAAUUAUUUCUUUAUUGUUUUGUUUGGGUUUUGUAUGUCAUGUCUGAUUUCAGGUGUUGCAUCUCUGUGUUACAUCAUCUAAAAAUGCAGUCUAUGACUAAUGCAUUUUUAGGAAUUAGGGUUGCAAUUAACAAUUUUUUUAUUGUAUGCAAUUUAAAAAGAAAUUGUCUUUUAAGAUAAAAUAAACUUCCCACAGGGAAAUUUAU